CUCGUACCGAACGUCAUGGUAUCCAUCACACUUGCACUGUACUAUGUAAGCAAUGAUCUGUAGAGCGUGUUGGAGCUUGAACAAUUAGAAAUCAACGUGAGCGAUAGCUUUAAAACAUCGUAAAUCCACUGAUAGCUUGCUUCCGAAUCCGCAUCAAAAUGUCCGCCGCGCCAUUCCAAGUCUCCUUCCCGGAAGCCGGGAUCGACGAGCUCAAGUCGAAGCUCUCGACCGUGACGUUCCCCGGCGAGAUCCCGCUGGGCGAAAAGGAUAAAUGGGAACGCGGCGCCCCGCAAGCCGAGAUAAAGAGGUUGGUGGAGUAUUGGAAGGAUGGGUUUGACUUCAAGGCUGCGGAAGCGGGAUUGAACACGAUGCCGCAGUUCACGGCUCCGGUCAUGGUGGACGGCUUUGGGACGUUGGAUAUACACUUCGUGCAUCAGAAGAGCGAGGUGGAGAGGGCAGUGCCGUUGCUGUUUGUUCAUGGGUGGCCAGGCUCGUUUAUCGAGGUGCAGAAGCUACUUCCGCUCCUUAAUGGCGAUGGGAAGGGUCCGUCAUUCCACAUCGUAGCGCCAUCGCUGCCAAACUUCGGCUUUUCGGAAGGGGUCAAGAAGCCCGGGUUUGGAGUCGAGCAAUACGUCGAAGUAUGCCAGAAGCUGAUGCAGACGCUCGGAUACACCCAAUACGCUUGCCAGGGCGGUGAUUGGGGAAUGUAUAUCACCCGAGCCCUGUCGCUUCUCCAUCCCGAGAGCGUCAAGUCCGUCCACAUCAACAUGAUCCGCGCCGAACCCCCCUCCUUCACCUCCAACCCGCUCCUCUGGCUCCAGCACGCCCUCACCCCCUACUCUGACGCCGACAAAGCCGGCCUCGCCCGCACCGCGUGGUUCGCGAAAUCCGGCCGCGGCUACUUCAUCGAGCAAUCCACCAAACCCCAGACGCUCGGCUACGCGCUCGCCGACUCGCCGGUCGCGCUCCUCGCCUGGAUCGUCGAGAAGCUGCACGACUGGACUGACGCCUAUCCCUGGACGGACGAUGAGAUCCUCACGUGGAUCUCGAUCUACUGGUUCAGCCGGGCCGGCCCGGCGGCGUCGGUGCGAAUCUACUACGAGAUCAUGCACCAGAGCACGCCGCGGAUGACGGAUCGGACGCGACUGGAGAAGCACAUCGUAGGGGUGCCGCUGGGGUUGGCGUACUUCCCACGGGAGUUGACUGUGAUCCCAAAGACGUGGGCGCGGACGCUGGGGAAGGUGGUGUGGGAGAGCACGAGUGGGAAGGGGGGGCAUUUCGCGGCGUGGGAGCGACCGGAUGUGAUUGCGGGAGAUUUGAUUGCGAUGCAUAGGAAGGGUGGGCCAUGCUACGGGGUGGUGAAGGGGGGGAAUGGUUAUACCAAGAAUGUGGCAAGGCUGUGAACCUAGUCAAGGAGCCUUGAAGUGUGCGAGUUACAAGCGUUUGGAAUUUUGUGUAUGUUAUCAUGGAAGGUUUGUACAUUACACCUAUCUCAUUACCCCGGUAUCCCCCAGAUUUUCAUAGUAGUAAAUUCCACCAUGAAUUUCCAAUGGCA